AUGGCCACGGUACACUCCUCUCCGUCGCUGGAGAGCGAGGACCGCUCCAAGUUCCAGCUGAUCAAAGACUCGAUCUACGACUCGUGCGUGGCCGGCGGGCCCGAGACAAAGCUGUACACGCAGCGCGACAUCCUCGAUUUCGGCAUCAUCCCCAACAACAGCGGCGAGACGCUCAUGAAGGUGAUCCAGGCACUGACGGCGGAGCGGCUGCUCAUCGUCGUCAGCCUGCCCGGCGGCAACCUGGCGUGGAAGUGGCGCUCUGCCGAGGACGCCGGGCGCUACCGCAACCUGACGCAGGAGCAGUCGAUGGUGUACGCCAUGGUGGACGAGGCCGGCGCCGACGGCAUUUGGUCGCGCACCGUCAAGGCCCGCCUCGGCAUGCACGACAGCGUGCUCAAGCAAGCGUUGAAGUUCCUCGAGUCUAAAGGUUAUAUUAAGGAUAUGAAGAGCGUGGAGCACCCCAACAAGAAGAUGUACAUCAAGGCGGGCCUGCGGCCAAGCGAUCGUGCAACGGGCGGGCCGUGGUACACGGACUCGGAUCUGGACGAGGCGUUCAUCUCGGAGCUGACCAAGGUCAUUUUCGAUUACAUUACACAGAGGAGCACGUACACGAGUGUGCACCGGGAACACAAAGAGAAGCAGCCAAAGAAAGGCGUGCUGAAGGGAGAUAAAGCGGAUGCAAAGGGGAAGAAGCGCGCCGCCGAGGAAAUCUCCACAGAUGAUGCUAGACCGACCCAUGCGUCGAAGAAAGAUGUCAAGAAGAAGACAUUGGUGCCCCUGCCCGCGGGUUUCAACAAUUACCCCACAGUACGCCAGAUCGCCGAGCUGAUAUCAUCCCACGGCAUCACGAGCAAUACUACACUAUCAGAGGGGGAUGUCCAGCAAUUAGUCGAUGUGCUGGUAUGGGACAACCUUGUUGAGCCGAUCCAGGUCGGCAAACGCCGUGGCUAUCGGACAGUCAAAGCAGCCAAGGUCAACCCGAUACCGUUGACCCAGUUCAUGCGAAAUGAGGGUGAUGAGGACGACUUGGAUCUACCCAGAGAGAUGGGCGCUGCACCGAGCCAAAAUGGCCUGACCGAGGCACCUUGUGGACGGUGUCCGGUCUUCGAUCUAUGUGAAGAGGGAGGGCCAGUGAGCCCUAGUAAUUGCGUCUAUUUCGAGCGCUGGCUAGGCUUGGACUGA